AGGAGAGGUUUAUUCAGGUUGGAUAUUAGGAAAAAUUCCUUCUCAGCAAGAGUGGUAAUGCAGUGGUACAGACUGCCCCAUGAGGUGUUGGGGUCACUGUUCCUGGAGUUGUUCCACAAGUGGGGCAACGUGGCACUGAGAGACACAGUCAGUGGGCUUGGGGGCUGGGUAGGGGUUGGACUGGGUGACCUUAGAGGUCUUUUAGCACCGUAAUGAUUCAGUGAUCUUCCUCUCAGUGGCUUAGUGACUGCCAUCUCACUGCUCAGUGCCCUCUGCUUGGCUCUCCCAGUUGUGCUGCAUCAGGAGCUGAACCGACUUCAGAAGCAGCCCAGCAGAACAGGAGAAAUAAAGGAGGAAUUAUUUUCAGCUGGGAUCUGCCUAUUCUCUGAAUCAGUUCAUUGUGGUGUCCUGACCAGGGAAAGCCUGAAGUAACAAGAGAGUAAGAGGAAGGUGGGGAUGAGGAUUAGGAGAAAGAAACUGGGAGACUUGUCUUGAGGAUUUGAGCACAAGUUCUGGGGAAGCCCUCUGAAGGCUUUCAGCUCAAAUGUUUGUUGAGUGCAGCUUCAGUAAUGAUGUGGUAUCAGGAAUUAGUACUGCUGUCCUUCCAGUUUCACUUCAGUGAUCAGAGGAGGAGGAGAAGGAAGGAAAAGUCAAAUUCAAGCAAGGAGGCGGGGUUCUCUUUGAAAUGUUUGUGUUCCAGCACUGCCUGUGAUGUUACAGAACCUGCAGCAUCUCUCACACAGCCCAGCCACCAGUGCCAGGCAGCAAGAGGUGUGCUUCUAUGACAACUGUGCUGCGUCCUCUGCAAGUAUCCUCUGAUCUUAUUUUCUGCAUUGUGCCUCUAACAAAGCUGCUCCAGCUGGUCGCGUUCUGCAAUUGCUUUUUUAACUGGGAUUGGAGAGUGGCAUUUGUAGCCAGAUGGCUUCAGUAACAGAUGCCAGAUACAGGCAGAAAGAUACUUCAGAUCAGAAUUUUGAUUACAUGUUCAAACUCCUGAUCAUUGGCAACAGCAGUGUGGGUAAAACAUCCUUCCUCUUCAGAUACGCCGAUGACACUUUCACACCAGCCUUCGUCAGCACAGUAGGAAUUGACUUCAAAGUGAAAACAGUAUAUAGGAAUGACAAGCGGGUGAAACUGCAGAUUUGGGAUACAGCUGGACAAGAAAGGUACAGGACCAUCACUACAGCCUACUACCGAGGAGCCAUGGGCUUCAUCCUCAUGUAUGACAUCACCAGUGAAGACUCCUUCAAUGCCGUGCAGGACUGGGCCACACAAAUCAAGACCUAUUCCUGGGACAACGCACAAGUGAUCCUGGUUGGAAACAAAUGUGACAUGGAAGAUGAAAGGAUCAUUCCUUUGGAGAAAGGGAAACAUCUGGCUGAUCAGCUGGGUUUUGACUAUUUUGAAGCUAGUGCCAAAGAAAACAUCAACGUAAGGCAGGUGUUUGAGCGUCUUGUGGAUAUAAUCUGUGAAAAGAUGUCAGAGAGCAUAGAGUCAGACCCUUCCAGGGGCACUUCGGGAAGGAACGUGAGGCUCACAGACAACCCACCCCCUUCACAGCAGAACUGCUCAUGUUAGUGACCUUUCUUGCUGAGAAAUGUCCUUCUCCUUUCCUGACUAAAUUUUAUCUCUUUCUUUGUGGUUCGUUACCAUGUAGUCCAAAGGCAGAAGUCUCUGCUGUAGGAAACUGGUAUGUUUAAUGUGCUGGAGUGUUUAAUAUAUAUUAUCUGAUAAUUUAAAAACAAACACUGAAUAAAUAUCGUGGGUGCAUGUAGUUGUUAACAUGUGAGUUACGUUGAAUGAAGAAAAAGAAUUGCAUAGUGUUGCAAGUGCCUGUGUUUGGAUCUACUCUGAUCAACUGCUCGAUGGCAGAUGAGUUGCAGGACGACGGAGAUGAGGGAUUGGCUGCUGUGUGCUUGGCUGGAGGCAAGCUGUGGUAUGUGAGACUUAGAAGCAGCACUAUCUCAGAAAAAAAGCAGGAGCCGAAGUAUUAGUGCCAUGUUGUUAGUUUUCUCUCUGCGUUGUGUUGUUGAUUCCAUUUUUUAAUUUCGUGCUAGAUGGGUGCAUGUGUGGGGAUAGGUUUUCAGGUUCAACCACCAUGUAUAAUUUUAGAAGUGUGUGGGGAAAGAAGUGAUGAAUGAAACAUAGCUACCACUGAAAAACAAGAAAGAUAUGAGGUACACUACAGAUGUGGUGUGAUUCUGUGAUCAUUUUUAAUAUUUGACACCUAAAAUAUUAUUGUACUAAAUAUAUACCUGUACUAAAAUAUGGAGCUCUGUAUGUGUGUAGGACUCCAUACAGGUGCAUUGGCCACGUGCAGAGGAACUGCUUCUGUGAAUCUGUAAAACUGUGUAGCAUAUGCCUUUGUCCAUGAUUGCACCAUUGUUUGCACAGCCCAGCUCCACGCAGUGACUGUGAUUUGCAUCAGUAAACGUAAAUGAGGUGGAUGUAGAAAAAAUUUGCUGUAUUGUGGUGAAAUUAUGAAAAGUUUUAUGGCUUUACCAUAGGCCUGUACGCUCCUCUGACCAAGGAGACUUUCUGUUGUCAGAAUCUGGAGUCCAGCAUCUGCCCACAGUGCUGUGAGUUGCCUCACGAUGGCACAAGCAUUCAUUCGCUCUUGGAGUUCUGUUCUGUCACAUCUCAAGAGUUUAUGUUUCUCUGAAGAAAAAAACCCACCAGUUUUCUGGAGAAAAAUGCAACUAUCUUGACGUUGUUUGAGCUCAGCAUGCUCAAGGCUCGAUCCCUUUGCACCGCAGUUUGUUUGUUGCUUUCAGAAAUCUUUACAGUGACUUUUGGUGUGUGUGACCCGCUACGGAAAAUGCGGUUUGUGCAACGUAGGAGUGCCGUGAUUGUAUCUGAACGCUCUGAAACUGCCCAAUAAAGAGAAACGUCGCCACCAGGUGUGCCUGGAGGAGCUGUGUCACAGCAGCCGCUCGUGUGUACGCACGGAGGUGUCUUUUAACGCUUCUGAUCGAGCUGCGUGAGCACAUUUUGAUGGUCCCUGAGCCCGGCACUCAAGAACCGCUUUGCGGAUCUGACACUGGGCGUGCAGUGCAGGCACAGCAGAGCGGGGCUGGGCGUAACUCGUGUUGGCAGAAACGGGACCGCGUACAGCACGAGGCGAGCACGCAGUUCGUCAGCGCGCGCACGGCGGCGAGCAAACCGCCCACAGCGAGCGGCGGCCGCGCGCUUUGCGCGAGCUGCUGGGUCGGGCUGGUCGCCGGAGGAAACGAGGCAAGGCGGCUUCCCCCGCGGCACCCGUCUUCCCUCCGCCAAUCAGAGCACGCUCCGUCCGAACGAGGGCAGCGAUUGGGCCGCGUUCCGCGCGUGGCGCCGCGGCGGGCGUUGGCUGGAG